GCCCUGUGGAUGGACCCGAGUUAACGCGGCGACGCGAGAAAGGGCAGCGCGUCGUCCGACAGGCCGACCAUUUUUCAACUUGGUGCGCCGUGCGUACAAUCGACUCGCGGGGAUCAUGGUCGUUCACGUGAAUGCUGACGCUGCUGUCGUCCACCACCACAAGCCCAAGACCCUGACGCGCAAGGUCUUGACGUCGCUCACGUUUUGGAUCAUCGUCGGGACGAUCAUGGGGAUUAUCCUCGGGUCGCAGGCGCCCGACUUUAGCAAGAAGGCGGCGCCAACGGCCAAUUUGUUCCUUCGGCCUGUGCAAUUUAUUGUGUUCCCCCUCGUUUUCUCGACGCUGGUUGUCGGGAUCGCCGGCAACGGCGACUUGAAAGCGCUUGGUCGUGUGGCGCUCAAGGCGUUCAUUUACUUUGAAGUGGUGACGACGGUCGCCCUCGUCGUGGGGCUCCUCGCCGUGAAUGUGGUCAAGCCGGGCGACAACGGGUUCAAGAAGGUCUCGAACCCAAACGUCACGACCGCCGACAAAUUUACGUACGGCAUCUGGAUCAACCACCUGACCCCCAAGACGUGGGGCGAAAUGAUGGGUGGGUCGGGUUCGUCGGAACUGCUCCAGGUCCUCGUUGCGUCCGUCGUGUUUGGAUGUGCGACGGCGCUCGCAGAGCCCAAGUCGAAGCAAAUGAUCCUCGACAUCGCCGACGCUGUCAUGUGGGUCAUGUUCAAGUUUGUCGACAUUGUGAUCUGGACGGCGCCGAUCGGGGUGUGCUUUAGCAUUGCGGCGGCGAUCGCCAACAACGGCGGUCUGUCUGUGUUGUCGAGCUUGGGCAUGCUUGUCGUGACGCUGUACUUGACGCUUGUCGUGUUUAUCAUCGUGAUCUUUGGCCCCAUCUUAUGGGUUGUCAAGUUGAGCCCGAUCGAGUUCCUCCGUGGGAUGAAGGAACCGCUCAUCAUUGCGUACACGACCGCCACGUCGGAAGCCGCGCUGCCCAAGGUGUUUGAAGCACUCGAAGAGUUUGGGGUCGCCCCGCACAUCACGUCGUUUGUUGUGCCGUUUGGGUACUCGUUCAACUUGGACGGGUCGACGUUGUACUUGACGCUCGCCUCCAUCUUUUGCGCGCAAGCGGCGGGCGUGGAAAAGUCCAUUGGCGAGCAAAUCACGAUGGUGCUCAUGCUCAUGAUCUCGUCCAAGGGUGUCGCGGGGGUUCGGUCGGCCAGCAUCAUUGUGAUUGCAGCUACGCUGGACCAAUUUAGCAUCCCUGCCUGGACUGUCGGCCUGCUCCUUGGCGCUGACUGGUUCAUGGACAUGGCGCGCACGUUCACCAACGUGUUAGGGAACUGCCUCGCGGCCGUCGUCAUGGCCAAGCUCGAAGGAGAGUUUCGCAAGCCAGGCUGGCAAACGCAGCUCCACACCGGCCACAACGUUCAAGGCGAUGACGACGACGAUGCCAAGAUUGGCACGCUCGAAGAAGAAUUGAUUCCUGGCCACGAGUUUUUGUCGACCAAGUGACUGUAAACGUGAGUAGUGUAUAGUCCGAGUGACCAACCCCUUUCUUGGCUCGAACGUGUCGUUUUUUGUUGGCGCCAUGCA